CCAUUGUAUACAAAACAAAACCCUUCGUCCGUAGACGUCUCCUUGACACUUUCCCACUUCCAAAAUUUCUCUACGUUUCCCUCUUUUCAUUUCAAAAAUCUUCUCCACAAACCACCAAAAACCCUAAUAUCAUCAAUAACCAGGAAACACUCAAAACCUCUGAAAUCUGAAAAUCAAUUUGGAUUGCUAUGGAGUGGAACCCUGAAACCUUACAGUUCCUCUCCCAAUGCUUCCUCCACACACUCUCCCCAGCCCCCGAGCCCCGCCGCCUCGCCGAGUCCUCACUCUCCAAAGCCGCCGACACUCCCAACUACGGCCUCGCCGUCCUCCGCCUCGUCUCCGAGCCCUCCGUCGACGAGCAGAUCCGCCAAGCCGCCUCCGUCAACUUCAAAAACCACCUCCGCGCCCGAUGGGCUCCGGCCUCUCCCGACGAAUCCAACCCUUUCAUCCCCGACUCCGAAAAGGCCGAAAUCAAAGCCCUAAUCGUCCGCCUCAUGCUCUCCUCCACUCCCAAAAUCCAAUCUCAGCUCAGCGAAGCCCUAGCUCUCAUCGGCAAGCACGAUUUCCCCAAAUCCUGGCCCACAUUGCUCCCGGAGCUUAUUGCCGAGCUCCAGAAGGCGUCGCAGGCCUCCGAUUACGCCUCCAUUAACGGUAUUCUCGGCACUGCUAACUCUAUAUUUAAGAAGUUUCGUUAUCAGUAUAAAACCAAUGAUCUCUUGCUUGAUUUGAAAUACUGUUUGGAUAAUUUCGCCGCUCCUUUGUUAGAAAUCUUUCUCAAAACCGCGGCUUUAAUUGAUUCCGCCGCCACGGUCAGUCCCCCGGCGGUGAUCAAGCCGCUUUUCGAGUCUCAGAGGUUGUGUUGUAGGAUUUUCUAUUCACUGAAUUUUCAAGAAUUGCCCGAGUUUUUCGAGGACCAUAUGAAAGAGUGGAUGUCUGAGUUUAGGAAAUAUCUAAUUACUAAUUAUCCUGUGCUUGAGAAUAGUGGGGCUGAUGGGCUAGCCAUCGUAGAUGAGCUUAGGGCUGCGGUGUGUGAGAAUAUUAAUCUUUACAUGGAAAAGAAUGAGGAGGAGUUUCAGGUGUACUUGAAUGAUUUUGCGCUUGCAGUUUGGAGUUUAUUGGGGACUGUGACUCAAUCUUCGAGUCGUGAUCAAUUGGCCGUGACUGCGAUUAAGUUUUUGACCACGGUGAGCACGAGUGUGCACCAUGCUUUGUUUGCGGGUGAGGGAGUGAUACCGCAGAUUUGUCAGAGUAUUGUGGUACCGAAUGUGAGGUUGAGAGAGGAGGAUGAGGAACUCUUUGAAAUGAAUUAUGUUGAGUUCAUUCGGAGGGAUAUUGAGGGUAGUGAUCUUGAUACUAGGAGGAGAAUUGCAUGUGAGCUUCUUAAAGGGAUUGCCACCAAUUAUAAGCAACAGGUCACUGAGAUAGUUUCUGCACAGAUUCAGCAUUUGUUAACUUCGUUUGCUGCAAACCCAGUUGCAAAUUGGAAGGAUAAGGACUGUGCCAUAUACUUAGUUGUCUCCCUUGCUACUAAGAAGGCUGGGGGUAGUUUGGUCUCGACAGAUCUUGUUGAUGUUCAGAGUUUUUUUGCUUCAGUUAUUGUGCCAGAGUUGAAGGGUCAGGAUGUGAAUGGGUUUCCGAUGCUUAAGGCAGGUGCACUGAAAUUCUUUACAAUGUUCAGGAAUCAAAUAUCAAAGGAUGUUACAGUUCAGAUUUUCCGAGAUUUGAUUCGGUUCCUUGUUGCGGAAUCGAAUGUAGUUCAUUCUUAUGCUGCAAGUUGUAUUGAGAAACUGUUGCUGGUCAAGGAUGAGGGGGGAAGAUCUAGGUAUACUGCAAACGACAUUGCUCCAUUUUUUGUUGAGCUGAUGACCAACCUAUUUAAUGCCUUCAAAUUUCCAGAGUCCGAGGAGAAUCAAUAUAUAAUGAAGUGUAUCAUGCGGGUUCUUGGGGUAGCAGAAAUAUCUUCUGAGGUUGCUGGAACUUGCAUUUCUGGACUGACCUCUAUUCUCAUGGAAGUUUGCAAAAACCCAAAGAAUCCAAUUUUUAAUCACUAUCUGUUUGAGUCUGUGGCCAUUCUUGUCAAGCGGACGUGUGAGAGGGACCCCUCUCUUAUAUCAGCUUUUGAAGCAGGCCUCUUCCCUUCCCUCCAGCUGAUAUUAGCCAAUGAUGUAACUGAAUUCUUUCCUUAUGCAUUUCAACUGCUGGCUCAGCUUGUUGAAUUGAAUAGACCACCCAUUCCACCAAGCUACAUGCAGAUUUUUGAGAUUCUCCUAUCACCUGAGUCAUGGAAAAAAGCUUCAAAUGUCCCAGCACUUGUGCGUCUGCUUCAGGCCUUCCUUCAAAAGGCACCUCAUGAGCUUAAGCAAGAGGGGAGGCUUAUCAAGGUUCUUGAAAUAUUCAACACACUUAUCUCAUCGACUAGUACAGCCGAGCAGGGCUUCUAUGUGCUCAACACUGUUAUUGAGAGUCUUGAAUACAAUGUAAUUGAACCCAACAUUCGUAAUAUUUGGGCUAUCCUUUUUGGACAGCUCCAAAAAUGGCGAGCAGUAAAGUUUUUGAAGUCUUUUUUGAUACUUAUGUCACUCUUUGUAGUCAAACAUGGUUCUAUGAAGCUUGUAGAUUCAAUGAAUUCUGUUCAGGCCAACAUAUUUUCCGUGAUUGUGAAGCAGUUUUGGAUACCUAAUCUUAAGCUAAUCACUGGAGCCAUUGAGCUUAAGUUGACUGCAGUUGCUUCAACCAGGCUUAUAUGCUUUAUAGGUGAAUCUCCAGCUCUUUUGGAUGCUGCAAAUGUUGAACUGUGGGGAAAAAUGCUGGAUAGCAUUGUUACUCUCCUUUCACGGCCAGAGCAGGAUAGGGUUGAGGAGGAACAAGAAAUGCCAGAUAUUGCAGAAAAUGUGGGUUAUACUGCUACCUUUGUCCGUCUUUACAAUGCUGGGAAGAAAGAGGAGGAUCCUCUGAAAGAUAUAAAGGAUCCAAAGGAGGUUUUGGUAGCAUCAUUGGCUGGGCUUUCCUCCCGAUCUCCUGGGAGAUACCCCCAGAUCAUCAAUCAAUAUCUUGAUCCAGCAAAUCAAGCAGCAUUACUUCAGCUUUGCAACACUUAUAAUUGCCAAAUAGUUUGAGAUCUUAUCAGCAAUGGAGUGGGGUUAUUUUUGGUCAAUGUUUCAAUGAGUCAUCUUCAGCAUGCUUGGUGAUCAAAUGGUACAUUACCGUUGCAGUCAACUGGUCUACAUGGUAGCAGCAUCAUUUGAUUGUACAAUCUCACAAGAUCUUACGCCAUAGUGAGAUGUGGAAUUUUUGUGUGAACUGUUUUCUUAGUCAGAUUACCAUGCACAGCAAGCAGAUGGUGAUUCCACAAUGUGGCUCCCUGGGUUUUGGGUUUUUUUUUUUUUUCAAGGGGCCUCCAUCUUCCUGAUGUUUUCAUGGUGUCAUGUUUAGCCUACAUUUGUCAACAAAUUGUAGACUAUAUUGCGAUCAACCAAGUUAUAUUAGCUUCAUUAUACAUGUAUGCGAUAGUGUCAUUUUUGUUUCAAUUUUCAACGAGUUUUCCAAUGGAACUAUCAGCAUCUUUUGUGAUUAA